AUGUCUCAUCUUAUUCGAAAAGUUACUUCAUGUACUAUUCUAGCAAUCAAUCGCUCAUCAAAUGUAACUCUACGGACAGUAUUACCUGUUCAUGUUCGUACAAUAUUUUCAAAUUCAUCUAUUGGUCUUGAUAAUUUCAAAAUAGCUCGUGAACAAUAUGUUUCACGUCAUGCUCCAUCCAUUGAUAGUUUCAAAAAACGUUUUCUUGAUUCUGUUAAUAAACCUGAUGCACAAAUAUUCACAGAAGAUUUACGAAAUAUGAUUAUGUCAGCUGAUAGUGAUGAAGAAGUUAAUGCUGUUAUUCAAGCAUUAAAAAAAUAUAAUACUAAUAAACUUAAACUGACUGAUUAUCAUUUUGGUUCACCUAUUAUGCGUUUAUUAUAUAUUCGAAAUAAACCAGACUUAGCUAUGCAACUUUUUAUGGAUGAAAGUUUAAAAAACAUAUUUAAUGACUCUGGAUCAGCUCUUAUACUUUUAAAUAAAUUAGUUGAAGAUAAACGUUAUGAUGAUGCUAUUAAAGUAUUUGAAUAUGGAAUGCAACGUGGUUUUACUACUACAAGUGGUCGAACAUAUCCAACAGAUGCUGUUACAUUAACUAUUGAAGCAUUAUACCGACAAAAUACAAAACAAUCAUUAGCAAAAGCUAAAGAAUUGAUGACUAAAGUCAUCGAACGUGAUGCAGAUAUAAAUCCACGCACAGCUGCUAUGAUGGGUCUAUUAGCAAUUCAACAUGAUGAACCUUCAUUUGCUAUGGAAAUUAUUGGUGCUGUUCGAGCACAAAAUUUGACUACAAUACAAAAUAUUCGAGCUAUAUGUUAUGCAAAAAUGGGACGAGCCGAAGAAGCCAUAAAUGUUGUUCAUUUACUUGCUGAUCAACCACCAAUUGAUAAUGAUCAUCGUCGAGUAUUUCCACUUGUGUUACAACACAUUAAAAAAGCUGUAGAAAAUUCCAAAGAUGAAGAUCUUAAAACACGUUUUGAAGAUUUAUCAAAAUUUGUUACACAAAAUAAUCGUUUAUCAUCGACAGAUUUACCAGAAUUUCUUAAUGAACCAAUUUCUCGUCGUCAAGCAAUUGCUACUGGUCGAUUAGGUGUGCAACAAGCUCCUAGUGGUAGUUUUCAACGAUCUGGUAGCAAUUUUCGUGAUAUUGGUUUUCGAGGAGGUUUCAAUCAAAAAGCAAGUAAUUUAACACAAGAUACUCGUGGUAAUAGUUAUAUUCGCGACAAUAGAUAUCAAUCUAGUCGAUUUGGUGGUGCUAAUUAUGCUAGUAAUGAACGACGUUCACAAAAUCCAUUUAAUGAGAAUGAACGAUUAUCAAAUCGUAAUAGAAAUUCAUCGUUAAAUGAAAAUUUUCGUCAAGAUAAUCGUAUUGAACAAUCAAAUCUAUCAUCAGCACGUGUAAAUCAAAGUGAUAGUACUACAUCAUCACGUUUACGUGAACGAGAAAAUGAUUCAAAUACUUCACGACGUAGUGGAACAAAAGUUGGUACAAUGGAAACUACAUCAACAUCACCUAUUCCACAACGUUCAACACGAACAAAUGAAGAUAAUCCACAACAAUUGAAACGAAAUCGUAAUGUAGAGAAGAAUGACAAUAAAUCAUCAUCAUCUACUAGUUAA